CUUCAUUCGGGGCCAGCGCAAAUCCGUGCAGCUGCUCUACAGCCAAUACGCAUAUGCGAAGAACAACGAGCACGGCCCGACUACCUAUUGGAACUGCCGCAUACGACGCACUGGACUGCCGCCUUGCAAUGCUCGGCUGUCCACGACGAAACUGCUCAACGGCAGCUACAAGAGAACAGCGUCGCGAUAUAUUCGGCCACGUCGCGGGGUCGCAUGCAGCUCAUCUAUGGCGGCCAGCCAUUCAUCUUCGAGAAGACUCUGAAACUGUCCACGGGCGAGGAGAAGCGCUACUGGCGCUGCAAUCAAUGGUGGAAUCAGAAGUGCCGAUCCCGAGUGUUCACAAUCAACGACAUUGUCUGUCCACUGAAUCGAUUCCACACGCACGAGGAGAUUGUGCGACGGAAGAAGCGAGUGAGGCGCAUCCAACCUGCGCAGGAGCAGAGCAAUGCGAAUGCCAAGACGUAUUCCACAGCAGCCGCAUCUAGGCAAGAACAGCAGCAACAGCAGCCACAGGUGCAGGUGCAGCACGACCAACAGCAACAACAGCAGCACCUUCACCACACGCAGCAGCUGUCGAGCGAUGCGAUGCUGGGCACAGCGCUGAGUGACGAGGCAGCGGGCACCAUCGACGUCAACGAUCUGGGCAUGCAUUUAAAGUACGAGGAGAUCGUGGCCGACGUGACGGGCAUUGUGGGAGGACAUACGCAUGCACGCGUGCUGAGUCGCAAGAAGUGAGCACGAACGGGACGAGCACAAGCAAAAGCAGAAGGAGAAGGAGAAGGGUGUCUGUAGUUCGUAAUAAUUAAAGUGUCUAUUAAUACAUUCUAGCUUCUAUAGUGCAUGUACACAUUACACAUUAUUCAAGUAAACGCAAUUUUAAUAAACUUAGCUAAGGCUUCAACAGCAAC